AUGCAUGCGUAUAAAAACCCUCCAUUCUUUCUCUUAGAUUUUUAGGGUUUUACACAGGGGCGUCAAUAGGCAUACCUAAUCUUUCUUUUUUCCCAUCAAAUAUCAAUGGCGUGCACCAUUGAUUUCAGAUGCCUGGAUGAAGGGUUCGGCGGCAAAACCUACAAGAGGAAGAGAUCUGAACAGCAGCAGGAGAAGGAUGCCUCCAUGGAUAUCGACGCCGCCGAAGAAAUCCAAACUUCAAAGCGACAAGCCGUUUCUUCUUCGGAAAACCCUAACAAGCCGAUCUUCGGGAAGCCGACAUACGACGGGGUGAUAGCGGGUAAAGUAUCCGGAAGGAAGUGGAAGCAACCGAAAACACAGAGAUCAUCGGCGGUUAGGGUGAGCCUGAAGAAAUCGACGUUCGAGGAGAGGGCGCAGCAGAAGGAAAUUAAGAAGGCUUAUAAGGAGAGGAUAACAGAGUUGAAGGAGGAGAUAAGGAAGAACAAGGUGGAGAAGAGGGAGAAGAAGAAGGAGAGGGAAAAGAGGAAGGAAGAAAACAUACUUAAAUCUGGUACGAAGCUUCAGAAAAUCACCAAUCCGAAGACGCUGAAGAAGCUUGCCAAGUCUAAGAAGAGGAAGCUACUCAAAGUUGUUCCUGACACUGCUCCUAAGAAAUGAUAGGAUUUUGUUUGUUCGCUUUCAAUUCAAAGACAUGGUUGCUUGUUGUGCUUUCAUGUCCUGUGUAAGAUCUCUCUUUCUGAUGUUUUUUUUGGUUCAGUUUUGUUACGAUGAUAAGUUAUUGAGUAGAAGAUUAAAGGAUGAUUUGAGUUUCAGUUUA